AUGAAGCUCCCUAUCACAGGAGAGCAGAUCAAGGAUCUAGCCGCUCUGUUAGACCCGUCCACUAAACUCUUCACCCGCGCAGAUGGCCAAGAGUAUGAGCAGUUGAUUGCUAGGUGGGCUGAUAAUGCCAUCAAACAGGCCGGCGUGGUCGCUGUUCCUGUGAAAUACGAAGAAGUAUCCAAGCUGGUGAGAUUCGCCGCUGACAACAAGCUCGAUAUCGCCGUGAGGGGAGGGGGUCAUUCUACUGGUGGUUGUAGUUCUUCGGAAGGCGGCCUUGUCAUUGAUCUCUCCGGCAUGCGCAAUGUAACAGUUGACAAAGACUCGAAAUUGAUCAUUGCCCAAGGCGGUGCUUUGUGGGCAGAUGUGGACAACGCUGCAAUUGAAAAGGGCCUUGCCACAGUCGGCGGCACUGUUAACCAUACUGGCGUCGGCGGAUUGACUCUUGGUGGCGGCCUUGGCUGGCUUACCGGCUUAUACGGCACCGUGGUCGACAAUCUCGUCGCAGCCAAGGUUGUCAUCGCCGACGGAAGCCUCUUGACUGCCUCGGAAAAAGAGAAUGCUGAUUUAUUCUGGGCGAUCCGUGGUGCAGGCCACAACUUUGGUGCUGUCGUCGAGUUCACCCUCAAGGGGCAUAACCAGACCAAUGAAGUGUAUGCCGGAGGCUAUGUGUUCACCCCGGACAAAUUGAUUGCUAUUAUCGAUGCACUCAAUGCCAAGAUGAAGAAUCCGGACCCCAAGGCGUCGGUUAUCCUCGUCUUUGCGAGCCCGCCGACAAUGCCCGGCCCGGUAAUUGUCACCAACCUGUUUUAUAACGGUGAUGAAGCCGCCGCAGAGAAAUGUUUCGAUUUUCUGCUCAAACUAGAGCCUGUCGCCAACAUGGCCAAGAUGAUGCCAUAUAAUCUUGUCAAUGGGCUGUUGAACCCGAUGGCUGCUCAUGGAGGCCGCAAAUCUCUCAAGGCAGUCACUCUUACAGAUGACGUGGACGCUGCAUUCGUGCAGGAACUUUUCGACGAGUACGCGCGAAAGAUGAAGGAAACUCCCGAUUUGGCCAAGACCUUUAUGGGCAUUGAGUUCUACGACGUGACUAAGCUUAACAGCGUUCCUAUCGAGUCGAUGGCAUUUGCCAAUCGCGGCCCCUACAGAGCUGGUAUCAUCGGUUUGGAGUGGUCAGAUUCUCGGAAGGAUAUGGAAAACAGAAGUUGGGGUCGGGCUCUUCAGGUUAAGUGCCGACAACACGUCAUUGAUAAGAAUCAGUAUUCCCCGGAGACUACAAAGACCGCGUUGGAGUAUGCCAACUAUCUUGAGCCUGGCGAUCUUGUUGACAGUAGACCAUUUGGCGUUAAUCAGCAACGGUUAGAGACGCUGAAACAAAGGUUUGACCCGGAUUGUCUGUUCAAUAAAACGAGCCCUCUUGUACCUUUAAAAAAUUAG